AUGGAUUCCAAAGCUGCCGUGCAGUUCAGUGCCCGAUUAGCUGCGGAGCUUCCUGGAAUUCGACUCCCGAGCACUUUGGUCUUCGACUACCCAACAUUGUCCGCGGCUUCCCCAGCUGAUGGUCGAAAGAAACGAGCGGUGGCAGGCUAUGCAGCUGAGUCUUCUCAGCCCAAACAACAACAAAUAGCGGGGAAGACGCGGGUAUCUCCUGAUGAGCCGCUGGCAAUCAUUGGGAGUGCAUGCGCAUUCCCAGGUGAAGCUGAUGCUCCUGCAAAGUUCGGGGCAUUGCUCAAGCUUGGCACCGAUGGAGUUGUUGAGGUUCCAUUCACCCGGUGGGAGCUCGAUGAAUACUAUGAUGCGAACCCAGAUGCGACGGGGCCUGAGUUCGAAAGUAGCUUGGUGCUGGAGACAUGUUGUGACUCCAUGCUGGACAGCAACAUGAAGCAGGAGUCAUUGGUGGAUAGCAGCGUUGCUGUCAUCAUUGGCCUGUCCAACAAUGAUUGGAUCCAAGUCCAAAGUGGCGACAUCCGCAAAAUCAAUCCCUACACCGCCACUGGCACCUCAGCUUCCGUGGCGGCCGCACGUGUUGCGUAUUGCUUUGGGCUGAAGGGCCCAGCGUACGUGAUUGACACUGCCUGCUCUUCCGCUUUGGUAGCUGUGGACAGUGCUUCGAUGAAUCUUCGACGGGGACGAUGCAGUGCUGCCGUGAGCGCAGCUGCAAACGUCAUGGCCAGCCCGGCAACCUUCAUCAGCUUCAGCAAACCGCGUAUGCUCUCGCCGAGGGGGAGGUCCUUUACCUUUGAUGCCUCUGCAGAUGGCUACGGACGCGGAGAAGGUUCAGGUGCUGUGAUGCUCUGCCGCCUACUGGAUGCUCACGGCCUAGCACGGGCUGCUCUACGGGGCAUUGCUGUGAACCAGGAUGGGCGGAGCUCGACGAUGACAGCGCCCAAUGGACCCUCUCAGACUUUGGUCGUCCAAGUGGCGCUGGCGGAAGCCAAAAUGAAUCAUCAUGAGGUGUUACACAUGGAAUGCCAUGGCACUGGCACCCCUCUGGGCGAUCCAAUUGAAGUUGGCGCGCUGCAAGCUGGUAGCAGGGCCGCCUCCCUGCAAGAGGGGCGCCGACAGCAGUCGCUGGCAGUUUCUGCAGUGAAGACAUCUGUUGGGCAUUUGGAGGGAGCUGCCGCAUCACCUGGCCUACUCAAGACUGUGACGCUGCUGAGUCGAAGAUCUGCAUUUGCAGUGGUCCAUUUGUAUUCCCUAAACCCGCACCUGGACCCUUCAGAAGAUGUUCCACAGGUUUUCCAAAAUGAGCAUGUGCCUCUAGGCACUGGGCGUCGGACAGGAGGACUUUCCUCCUUCGGAUUUGGUGGAACCAAUGCGCAUGGUUUGCUGGGAGAAUCAGAAGUUCCUGUGGAUUUCAUCACACUUCAACGGCCUCCCACCUAUGUCAAGACAGCUUUUCCUUGGCGAGAUGCUGGGUUUCGACUGCUUCGUUCGCAGUUAGACUCAAACUUUGAAGUGAGCAUGUCCUCUGAUGUGUAUGACAUCGUCUCUCAUCAUGUCGUUUUUGGAUCGAUUGUCACACCAGGAGUUGUGUAUGUUGAAAUGGCGUUGGAAGCUACUCGAAAGCUGUUUGGUCAUGAUGUGGCCUUGAAGGAUGUCACGAUGGUUUUUCCGUUUGUGAUACCCAAUCGUUUUGCAGAAGACGCAGGUUCACCUCCGAUCAUGCGAUUCAUGUUGAAAGGCGAUCGCUUUGAGAUCCAAAGCAUUGCAAACGGAAAAAAGACAACUCAUGUGGAGGCGUCGUUGGAAUUUGGGUCAAAGUCUGACAAAGGCUCAGUCAGCACGAACGCUGCAAACCUUAACCUCGAGGAGCUUCAAACUCGCAUCAGUGAGCUCAUCGAAACAUCAGUGGUCUACGAGGCGAUCAAUUCAGUUGGACUUUACUUGGGGCCGAUGUUUCAGGUGGCUAAAAAGCUUUGGAGGAAGGAAGUGGAAGACACGGACGGAUGCAACGAAGUAUUGGGCCUGCUCCAACUUGACUAUCCAGGUGUCAAGAAUGUAGGUUACAUCUUACAUCCUGCUUUGCUGGAUGGAACUAUUCACAUUCUUGCAACUGCAUCGAUCGGAAAGAAUGUCGCUGGGUUGAAAAUUUUUGGUGGGGUUGGGAAAGUGGCGAUUGUGAAGAGAGCAAACUUCUCGAACUUGGAAAGAUACUGGGUGCACAUGAAGAUUACCGAGUCCCUGGAAGCAUCGCAAACCUUCAACGUGACAGUAGCUGCUGAUGAUGGAUCUGUGCUACUGUACAUGGAGGACGUGGUAUUUAGAGCAGUAAAGCCAGAGCAAAUCCAGAUGGCAAUCUCAGCCCAGGGUGAAAAAGACGAUGAACAGAAAUACUACGAAGUCGAAUGGUCAGAGGAGCCGCUCAAAAGGAGCUAUUGCCGGGGUAAUGGCCUUGUUCUUGCCGACACUGACCAAGCCUUAGGUGCCCUUCAGAAACUCUGGUCAAGUGAUGCGUCAAGGGACGUCAAGUUCUUGACGCCUGCAGAAGUUGAUACAAGUUCUCUUGAUAGCUAUGAAUGGAUACUGUGUUUUAGCAACAGCAGCAAGAGAGAUUCUUUGGUGGACAACUUGCUCUUUGCAGUCAGAUUGUUGCAAUCCUUGGGAAAAUCUCACCAUCCUAAUUUCCAGUGCUUGAUCCUGGCGACAUCCAACACUCAAGCAGUGAGGGCUGGUGAUAUGUCUGGUGUGUUUUGCCCAUUACAUGCUGGACUUUGGGGUCUAGCUCGAGCUUUCCGCAAUGAGAAUCCAGCGCUGAAAGUCUUGUGUUUUGACUUGGGAGCCACACAGGGACUUGAAGAGCUUUGUCAAGUGCCCGAAGCCUCAGGAGAUCUUGAAGUGGCUUUGCGGAGAUCGUGUCAAGGAGGCGAUGCCGCAUUCGUUCCUUUUGUUCCUCGUCUUCAAGAAGCAAAGCUGGAAUCCACGAGCCAGUGGGUGCCAGCAGGCGGGGCUUACAUCAUCACUGGUGGUCUAGGUGGUUUGGGAUUGACCUUCGCUUCCUGGUUGCUGGAACGAAGUGAACGAAGGGCAAAAGUGGCUUUGAUUUCUCGGAGUGGAAAGCCUCCCCAGGAUUGCCAAGUAGCCUACGGGCGCUUGGCUUCGAAAGUCUCAGUCCACAAGGCUGACAUCACCUCUGAUGCUCAAGUGGCUCAGGUCUUUGAAGCGAUUGAGACCCAUUAUGGAGGUAUCAAAGGAAUUCUCCAUGCGGCAGGAGUGCUUGACGAUCAUAUGGUUGCUGAUCUGCAACCAAAGCAUGUGACGCCAGUCUUGGCGCCAAAAACCUAUGGAACUCUUGUCCUGCAUGAUGCCUGCCGAAACUCGGAUUGCCAAUUUGCUUUAUUCUCAUCAGUAGCUGCCCUGCUUGGAACGCCAGCACAAGCGAACUACUCCGCUGCCAAUGCCUUCAUGGACUCCUUUGCUUCGUUCUUGCGUGACAACGGCCAACAAGCCGUGAGUAUUCAGUGGGGUCCAUGGGCUGAGGUGGGCAUGGCUGCACGGGCAAACACAUCAGAGUCAAGUAUUGUGAGAAUCUCGGCAAGAAAGGGAUUGGAGGCCAUGUCUGCCAUUUUGACAGCGUCUGCAAGCCUGCGGACUGGCAUCAUUAGUGUGGCUCGCAUCAAAUGGGCCACAUUGCUUGGACAACUGGGAACUCAAGCCCCUUUCUUGAGCAAGUUUACUGUUGCAAAAAGCACGAGCAGCAAUGUGUUGGGAAAUUACACAUUGGAAGAUGGAGCUGUGGAGGGCAUCAAUCUGACACCCACUCUCAUGUUCGACUAUCCGACGGUGCCGGAUUUGGUGGAGUACAUUUGGUCCCAGGUUGGGCCAGCAGAAGAAGAAGGCAUUCAAGCUUUACAGGUGGGCAGCUUCAGUGACCAGCUUGCGCUGGCCAGUCACAGUGGACGUUUCCCUGGCAGCUUCUCGAAUCAUCCAGGCGACUUCUGGCAUACCUUGACAUAUGGCUUGGACACGACUGCAGAGCUGCCUCCAGAACGUUGGGACAUGGAUGCUUUCUAUGAUUCAGAUUUUGAUGCGCCUGGGAAGACCUACUUGAGGCUGGGACAUUUCAUUCCUGGCAUUGAGCAGUUUGAUGGAGAGUUCUUUGGACUCAGCGAAAUGGAGCAGAGAGGGAUGGAUCCGCAUCAAUGGCUUACAUUGGAGAUCACCUAUGACUGUAUGUUCGCAUCAGGCUUGACAAAGGAGUCGAUGAACGCCCUCGAGUGUGGCGUUUAUGUUGGCUGUGCAACUCUUGGCGGGAUCGAACCGAACAUUCCCGCUUUUGGGCCUUUCACAAACAUUGGUUAUGCGUAUUCUGGCUUGUCUGGCCGGGUGUCACACACACUCUCCCUGCGCGGACCUUGCUUCACUGUGGACACGGCCUGCUCAGCAACAGUUGUUGCGCUUGACUGUGCCAGCCAAGCAAUACGGUUGGGUCGCUGCAAAUCUGCUGCAGCUAGCGGUGUGAACUUACAGCUCUCUGCGGCCAUUUGGGUUGGCUUUGCAAAGAUGCGAGGGCUUGCAAUGGAUGGAAAUUGCAAGACCUUCGAUACCUCGGCCGACGGGUUUGCUCGUGGAGAGGGGAUGGGCCAUGGAGAGUCCUGCGUGCUGCUCUUGCAGAGCGGGGAACUCUGCCGGAGGAUCACCAAGACCAUUAUUCAUAAAUCUUCAGGGCUCACGCCUCACAAGGGCUUUGCGGAUUGUGCUUCGUUUCCAACCUGCAAGGUGGGAGGACAGAGUGCAGUGUAUGGCAAGAGCCGUGGCUCGUUCCUGCUAGCAGCCGGGAAGACAAAUCUUGGCCACCUUGAAGGUGCGGCAGGCGUUGCCGGGAUCAGCAAAGCAGUCCUUUCAUGCCAGCGGGCGCAGGUGCCAGCAUUGUUGUGGCUGCGCCAGCUCAACAACAAUAUUGAGCUCUCUGGGUUUUCUGCAGCGAUGCCAACGGAGCUCCUUGCUUGGCGAAGGGAGAAGAAGAUAUCCUCCGUGUCCUCUUUCGGCUUCAGCGGCACCAAUGGGCAUGCUUUGGUGGAGGAAGCUGAGGUGUCGGCCCCCCCGCCGAGAGCCAAAUAUGCCAGACGGAUGCUGCAGGCGUAUCACAUGUGGAUGCAGGACUUUUCCUUUCAAGAGGUUUUGAUACCAGUGGAGCUUUCUACGAUGGACAGCGGACAUGCAGACACCAUCGUCAUUGGAGAUGGUCCCAUUUUCUCAGCUGCUUCAAGCUGGGCAACUGCGAAAGUGCAGGGGUAUCUAGGCGGGAGCUGACGGCUGACAACUAAGACGAGCUUGUCUUCAAUUCUCGUCUUCCAUAUCUCAC